AUGCCAAUUCGCAUCAAGUCGCGUAACUUGCCAAACCCGAAUCGAUCUUUGUCGCCCGUCUCCCCCCCCACUGAAGCCCCCCUCCCUGAUAUCACACAAGAAGAUGCCUUCCGCGACGUCGUGAAGAAGCUUUCCAUAUAUGUAAAUACCGUAGUCCAUUCGUCAAACACCAUCGAACAACUAAGAACCACUUCGGCCGGUGACGAACUAAACACCCUCGUCGACUACAUUAGUACCCGUGUCACCAAUCCCGCGAUUGUGAAUGCUUUACUGGCGUUGAGAUGGCAUUACGCCUCCGUAAAUGACAGUCGAGGUAUUAGUGAGGCUCGUGCAGAUGCCUGCGAGAUUGUUGCUUGGCGAUUUUUAACUCGGAUAUCAGAGCGGGAAGCUGUUGAAUUUUGUCUCCACGAAGUUACAGAUGGCGCUCAAAACGGUACACCGGCCCACGAAGAGCCCGCAGAUGGCGGAGAGAGCAAUGAACAGACGGCUCUCUUGCGUCGCCGUCCUAGGUCUCCCUCUCCGGACCACCGCUCACAUGGCCGUUUUGGAUCGUUGAAAAGAAUUCAAUUGUUCCAAUCAAUCUCGAAACUGACCACAAGUCGGCAUACAGGCGAGAACGAAGAUCUAGAAAAUGAAAUCACGGAACCAUUUACUAAUCUUAAUGCCCUGGAGAUAGCGGCUAUUGCUGAUGCGAAGAGGUUUCUUAGCCAGCACGUGGUGCAGAAGAUCAUCACGGGUAUCUGGAACGGCCAGAUCAUCUUCUGGGACCAUCUUUCGGUCCAUUCGGGGAAGAAGGCUCGAUUUUACAACCCGAAUACGGCCGACCCCUUUUCGCGCCUUCGGGUGCCGAAAUAUCUCAAAACUUACGAGGUUGCCUUCCUCAUCGGGUUCUUAGUGCUGUAUUCCAGUGUGUUGAUUGAGCAGAACCGUUAUGCGAUUACGCUGCCGGAGAUGUUACUUUACGUCUGGUUCGCCGCUUUCUUUUACGACGAGCUUAGCUCAUAUAUCGACGCCGGAUCGGUUUUCUACGCUGCCGAUGUUUGGAACAUAUUCGAUAUCAUCAUGAUUUCCAUAGGAAUUCUCUUUGCGAUGUUAAGAUUCAUUGGGUUAUAUAAGGCCGAUUACACCCUGGUGGAUAUGGGUUUUGACAUUUUAUCACUAGAGGCCCUCUUCAUGGUGCCCAGGGUUUGUUCCAUAUUUAGCUUAUCCCCAUACUGGGGUACUCUUAUUCCCUGUCUCAAAGAGAUGGGCAAGGACUUCUUGAAGUUCAUGGUUCUUGUAGUCAUUAUAUAUGUGGGGUUCUUGACAACGUUUUCCCUCGUCGGGAGAGAAACGUUUCCAUUCACGCAUAUGGCCAUGAUAGUAACCAAGAUCUUUUUCGGGUCUAGUCAUGUCGGGUUUGAUGUCAUGAAAGACAUUGAUCCCAUCUUUGGCCCUCCUCUCAUGUUGAUAUUCAUCACGCUCAGUUCGAUUUUACUUACGGGCUCCCUGACUGGUAUGCUCAGCAAUAGCUUCUCGAGGGUCAUUAUACACGCUCGUGAAGAGUACCUUUACGUCUAUAGCGUAUAUGUGCUUGAAGCGUCGACUAGCAAUAGGCUCACCCACUUUUACCCACCGUUCAAUCUCAUUGCAGUAGCAAUCUUCAGACCGCUACGUCUAUUCCUACCUUCAGACGACAAGUUCCGACAAGCGCGCAUUGUGCUUCUCCGCGCAACGCAUGCGCCAAUCGCCCUGAUUAUUCAAAUCUACGAGUGGUUCGCCUGCAAAUUCAAUCCCGAAGACUUCAACGGCUUCGAAAACUUCAGUGGCCCGCCGCAGAACUCGUCUGAACGCCCCUCUACAUCGCCUCCCGGCCGACAGGAGAGCAGGCCGCAACCGGAACGCAGACCGGAGAGCAGGCCGCAGCCGGAACACCGACCGGAGAGCAUGCCACAAUCGGGACACCGACCGGAGAGCAAGCCGAUGGCGCGCGCUGCCAGCACCGAGGAGAUCCACGAGCCAAGAUCCCGACAGAAAGUGUCCGUGGGCAAUGCGGGAGAAGCGCAAAGCGGUAUUGAAGAGCGGAUCUCCGAGUUGGCGGCGAAGAUUGACCAGCUUACCGCUUUGGUUGUUGCGCUACAGUCUGGUUCUGGUAGCUAG